AUGGAUUUGCUUUCUCGUCUUUGUGCUGCCGGCUUAGCCGUGUGCCUGGCCGUGGCCGUUUUCGGGCCCUGGAUCAAGUGCUUUCCCGGCAUGUACCAUUGUCGAAUUCUAUACGCUGUCUUAAUCCGUAAAGCUUUCCGCAAGCCUAUAGAUUACCGGUCGCUCUUUAGACCAGAGGUUUCCAGGUCGCGGAACUGUCUAUUUGAAGUGGACUUGAUGGUGCAUAAAACCAAUUCCACUUACUUUUCCGACCUAGAUGAGAGCCGAAUCCGCUUGCUAGCCCGCAUCUUCCCUGAUUGCUUCUCUUUUAGCGGCGGAAAUUUGAGCGUUUUGAUGGGUGGCACUUCUUGUAUAUUUUUCAAGGCAAUUGCACCAUUUCAAAGCUACGAAGUCCACUCACAGAUCCUCCGGUGGGACGACAAAUGGCUAUACAUUGCCAGCUGGUUCCUGAUGCCCGGGGGAAGUCGUCGACUUACUCGCGUGGAUCGGGAGCAUUACGAGGCUGUUGACACGACCGGGCGGUCCAUGGUUUUUGCAGAAGCCAUCACCAAGUAUUGCUUCAAAUCGGGCCGCCUUACCGUGGCUCCAGAGGAGGUUUUGCGGCAAUCGAUUUUGAAUUAUGAUGCGGAGAACCCAGAAAAGCAAAAGGAUGCCGAAGCAAUAGACCGCGCCGCUUCAGAGGAGGGGAGAGAUGGAUAG